UAUAUAAGCUCCCCCCUCCAACUUCCCUGCUUCUUAAGGAUAGAAACAUGAAUAUCUCCUUACCUCUUAAUCUUCUUCUUCUUUUAGUCUUUGCACAUCUAUCAUGUCUUUUUGUCCUUGUACCGGUAUAUGCAAAAGUUUUUUUGAGCAUAGAUUGUGGUUCAUCUUCAUUGAAAUCUCGUACGGAUAAUAAUUCGAUCGUAUGGGUCGGAGACGGUCCUUACAUAAAAACAGGAAAAACUCAUAAAGUCAAUGUUGCACCACCAAAUAUAUCUGGUUGGGAUUCUCGUGCUAUGAGCACUCUUAGAGCAUUCCCAGCUCGAAAAAAGAAUUGUUAUUCAAUAGACAUUGAAAGUAAAACCAAAGAUAGCAAUAUUACGGUUGCACGAGUCCUUGUUCGAGCUAGUUUCUAUUACGGCAAUUACGACAAUAAAUCAAAUCCACCAACUUUCAGUCUUCAAUUCAACGGGAACAACUGGGGAUCAGUUGUAACAACAAAUGGAAUUAUAUAUUACGAAGUGGUAUUUUCAUUGAACAAGAGUAGCAAUAUAGACGUAUGUCUUGCUCAAACACAACCGGAUAAUAUUCCGUUUAUAUCCGCUCUUGAAAUAAGAAGUUUGGAUCCAGGUGCUUACGGUUAUAUCCCUGCAGAUUUUCCAUUGUUUUUCACAGAGAGAACUGCUUAUGGUACCAACACAACUAUAAGGUACCCUGAUGAUAGUUUCGAUCGAAUUUGGAGCUCACUUGGGCCACUAGAUAACACUAGUACUGUGACUAGGGUCAGAAGUAACUCGCCGUCCAUUAAAGUUGACGUUGAAGAUAAACCUCCGAAAGCGGUAUUAAGGACAACAUUAUUGCCAUUGAAUUCAUCCCACGACAUAUUUUAUAGCCCCACUAGAAAUCAUCAAUUUCGUUUACAUUUCAAUGCAUAUUUCUCAGAAGUGAUCAAACUAAAUUCUACUCAGAAACGAUCAUUUGAUAUAGUAGUUAACAAUAAACAAGAUAAUAGUUUUAUUGCUCCUAAAAACCCUGUGAUUCCACCUUACGGACGCACAUUGGAGGUUCACAUUCUCAAUGUGACUAUUUUCAACUCUUCAUUUUCAAUUAAUCUUUUACGGACAAAUGAUUCAACACUUCCUCCACUAAUCAAUGCCCUUGAAGAGUUUAUCAUCGGUGAUAAAUUAGCUCAAGGAACCAAUUCAAACGAUGUGAAAGCAUUGGGUUUAUUGCAAAAGAGUUUCGCUCAGCUGGAAGAUUGGAAUGGUGAUCCUUGUUUACCUGCACCAUACACUUGGGAUUGGGUUGCUUGUAAUAAUGAUACAGAUUCUCCUAGAAUUACAGAACUGUAUCUCAAUGACCUUGGCUUAACAGGCACUCUACCAGACUUUAGUGCCAUGGAUGCUCUCAGAACCAUAAAUUUGAGCAACAACAAUUUGACCCGAGAAAUUCCGGAAUUUCUUGGCACAUUCCCUGAACUCACAGUACUAAAUCUGGCAGAUAACAACUUUAACGGAACAGUACCUUCAUCAAUAUCAGAUGAUGUCAACUUGAAGUUCAACGCAACUGGUAAUCCGAACUUGUUGUGCACUCCCACGUCGGUAUGCAAUACUGACCCUGAAUCAAGAAUUCCUCCCCCAAGCACUGGCAAUACUGACCCCGAAUCAAGAAUUCCUCCUCCCCCAAGCACCGGCAAUACUGAUACUGAACCAAUUCCUUCCCCAGUCGACAAAGGCAGAAGUUCGAAGACAUUUGCACAACCAAUAAUAAUACUCUUGAUUAUGUUUUCUGGUUUAUUAUUGUAGGUUGAUCAAACCAAAUGGUUCGUGUAUUUACAAUUGCAACUUUUGUGGGUUUGUUGUAACUUUGUAUGAGUUGUGCUGUGCUAGCUAGUUUGAAGGCAUAUUACAUGUAUAGAUGUAUUACAAGUUGGAUGGAAAAUAUUAUGAUAUCAUGUUUUGUUUUCUUUCA